AUGGACCCCCUCGAAGAUGGAUUUCUGGAACGUUAUCAGCGGGACGAACAAGAAGAUUUGUCUAACCUAAGCAAUUUAUCCAUUUCAAACCCACUUCAUCCACUGAGACUAGGACCUCUUCUGAUACAGAUUUCUGAACCGCAUCGUGUGCCUAACUCGACAUUUCUUCGAACAUUCAUGAGCAGAUCUACCCUGAUACGUAUCACAUCACCAAUUGGUCCUCAACCAUGUCAUUUAGCAAACCUACCCAAGGAAACAUUUGAUGUCAUACUAGGACAUCUACCCCCAUCAUCAGCUUCAUCGCUAGCACUCACAUGUAAAGGAUUUCUCGCGGCAGUAGGGAAUGGCCCUUUUGAGGCACUGUCGAGGGACCGUUAUGAGACAUACGUCCUUCUCUGGUCUAUUGAGAAAGACUUACCUGAGCAAAGUGUGUGCCACUCUUGCAAUCGGCUCCACAACACUGAGACCGCAUUGAGAUAUUACCGAGAUGGAAGAAACGGAUGUGGAGAAUCUCAAAAGAGGCACAAAGCCCUGAAGUGCCGACUAGAUACCCGUCUUGACUGGGACUACAAGGAGUUACUAGAUGAAGACUUCAGUCCAAGGAUUUUUAAUAUGGCUAUGAAGCAUUCGCUCCACUAUCCAGAUCGUAGGGAAUUUUUGAAUGCACUUUCCGGAGAGUGUACAGCUAAGGGUGAUUGGCAUGCUUGGAUCAAAGAAUCCCAGACGGAUUGUCGGAUUCUCCGUGGAUCCCUCAUUCAUCGUACACAGAUGGUCUGGAUCACACCCAUAAAUGACCGAAUGCCAUUCGCUUUGACUAUGGAACAAUGUGCUCACACUAGGGUAGGAUGCCAUAAGAAUGGGCUUGUGUAUACAAGGUCCUAUGGUCUCUCGUGUGACGACGACGAUGAAGAUUCGCAGUGUCUUUCGUGCGAUUGGGAUUCCCCAGAGGUUACUUUGGAUUUAUUGAAGUGCCGUCGUUGCUCUACACAAUGCGAAUUGACUAUGAAACCCUUGCCCAUGAAAGAGUCAGGAAUGGCACUUUACAUUACUAGAUGGGUUGACCUGGGUUCCGGUACAUUAGAUGAGAAAUGGCAAAGAUACUUUCACCGAGGUAGAUUCGAAUUCGAAUAUCAGGAGCAAACAGAUUCGGUAUCUUUGUCUUCGGCAUUCGAGAACGAUGGUGGAUUUCGAAACAAGAUAGAGGAUCAACGCUAUGCAUCAUUGUUCCACUCUCCAGUGGCUGAAAACGGAGAAACAUUGGUAUUAAAUAGAAUGAAUGAUUAUCUGACAUACUUUAUGUACUUUGACCGUUCAAUAGAGAGGACAUGA